AUGGUCAAUCGGCUCCCAAAUCCAAAUCGGUACAUCACCGAGAAUGAUGCAGAUGGCAACUCCUUCUUUUCUACCGACGUUGCUACGUCCUUGGAAGUAGGCAGUGAACUCGGUGGUGGUUUUCAGAGGCUCGGUUACCAGACGGAGCAAUCACCCGUCUCACUUAACGGCAAGCGCGAUAUUGAGCUCUAUAAGACCGCUAUGCAGACCCAGGUUCCGCUCUUCAUACCAGGUGGUGGCGCCAACGUGUGGUAUAACGACAUUCCGCCUAACGCGGGAAGCCCGAUGCACCGCACCGUGAGCCUCGAUAUUAUCAUCCUGGUUGUAGGCGAGGUUGAGCUUACCUUGUCCAAUGAGACCCGCACAAUCAAGCAGGGCGAUAUUGUGAUCCAGCGAUCCACGUUGCACAAGUGGCGCAACCCUAGCAAGACGCAGUGGGCACGGAUGAUAGGGAUAAUUUCGGAAUGUCAGCCAUAA